AUGCAAUUGCCGGUUCUCGGCUGCACUUUCCUCACUCUGUCAGAGCGCGAGGAAAGUACUGCUGAGAACCGGCAGUUGUCAGAGCGGGGAUCGGCACCGAUCAUCAGGGCACUAAUGAUCAGUGCCCUGAUGAUCGGUGCCCAGCAGUGCCACCCACCAGUUCCGCCCACCUGUACCCAGCAGUGCCACCCACCAGUGCCUAGCAGUGCCACACACCUGUGCUCAGAAGUGCCACCUACCUGUGCCCAUCAGUGCUGCCAGUCAGUGCCACCAGUCAGUGCCCCAGUGCAGUUGCGCCAGUCAAUGCCUAGCAGUGCCAGUGCCCAGUAGUGAUGCCAGUCAGUGCCACCUAUCAGUGCCGCCUAUCCGUGACACCUCAUUAGUGCUGCCUAUCAGUGCCCAUCAGUG